GGCAGAUAAAUAUAACCUAUAAAUUUAGAUAGUUUACUGAGAGGAGUAAGCUUCAUAUAAACCGCUUAUAAUUUAAUAUAAGAACUACCAUGUCGAAUACAACCCGAGAAUGUGGGUGCAAAGGCUAUCGAACAUGUUUAAUAUGUGAAGAAAAAUAUGGAAUACAAAAAAAAGACAUUAGUUUGAACCCAAAUAAGUCUUUUCUUUACUGUAUACAUUGUAAUAAAGCCUACCAAGGUUGGGAUAUGAAUGACUACAGAAAACAUCCAGAUCAUGAAGGAAAUGCAUUUGACUUCCCUGGUGUAUUUAUACUUGAAAAUUUUCUUACUGUAAAUGAGGAAGAAAAUCUUAUAAGAAAUAUUGAUAUGGUUCCUUGGGAUCCUUCCCAAAGUGGUAGACGAAAACAGAAUUAUGGUCCUAAAUGUAAUUUUAAAAAGAGGAAGUUGAGACCUGGUGAUUUCAAGGGUUUUCCGUCAUUUUCCAAGUUCAUACAAGACAAAUUCAAAAAUGUUCCUAUACUGGAUGACUUUCACACUAUCGAACAGUGCUCUCUAGAAUAUGAUUCCAAGACUGGAGCUUCUAUAGAUCCACAUAUUGAUGAUUGUUGGGUGUGGGGAGAAAGAAUAGUUACAGUUAAUUUAUUGAGUGAUUCAAUAUUAACCAUGACGGUCAAUAAAAAACCAGAUCGGUAUAAUUUAAAUUGUGUGAAAAAUUAUCCUUCAGUAGUAUUAACUAAAAAUGGUUCAGAUUCUAGUUCAUAUCAACUCAAAGACUUUAAAGAAGAUAUUGAGUAUACCGUUGUAAGAAUACCAAUGCCAAGAAGAUCUUUGUUGGUUAUGUUUGGUUCAGCAAGGUAUGAUUGGGAACAUCAAAUAUUAAGGGAUGACAUUGUGGAUCGUAGAGUGUGUUUGGCUUAUAGAGAAUUUACACCUCCUUUUCUCCCAGGGGGAGAGGAGUACUCUAUCGGAGAAGAAAUACUCAAGAGAGCUCAGGAAUUUUUUUGAGAUGAAUUAUGAAAUAGGUAAUAAAAAAAUUAUAAUUGA